AUGGGGGUCCCUGAAGAAGCCUCGCGGAAGCGCAAAGCCACGGAUACACCCGAAGAUGGGGCAUCAUCUCAGCUGGUCAUUCAGUUUUUCAACCAGAAGGAAGAACCAGUGGGAUGUCAAUUUUCUGUUCCGAAAGCGAUCUCAAAGGCUCAACUAGAGCAGCUGCUCCUGCAGGUGCUGACGGAUGCAGCGAAGGGGCAAGAGGAGGAACUCGCUGCUCUUGAGGGGCGCCGCUUUUCCCUCUCCCUUGGCAGCAGCAGCAGCAGCAGUGGCAGCAACGCCAGCAGCGCCAGCACGGAGAUUACGGAAACACUCGGCGCUGCAUUCGCCGCAAGCGAUGCUAAGGGAGCGGAGGAAGUCUUGCGGGUCUCCUUCUCUCCCCUAGCCGCCUUCCGAGUCAGCCCUCUGACGCGAUGCUCUUCUGCCCUCCCAGGGCAUGAGGAGGCGAUUUUGGCCGCUGCUUUCAGCCCGGAGGGAAAGCGCUUAGCAACAGGCGGAGGCGACACCUCAGUCCGACUGUGGGACUUGAACACGGAGACUCCUUUGCAAACACUAAGAGGCCACAGCAACUGGGUUCUCUGUGUGUCGUGGGCUUCUCAUGGGCAGCUUUUCGCCUCUUCUGGAAUGGACGGCACGGUGUGCAUAUGGGAUGCCGACGCGGGGGCUCUUGUGGGGCCUCCCCUCAAGGGGCAUACCCAGCCAGUUGUUUCUCUCGCCUGGCAGCCUCUGCACCUGGUGUCUUCUGAGGACGUAGCGGCAGAAGCAGUAGCGGACUCUCCGACAGCCGACACAACAGCAGUCCCAGCGGCUAAGCAGGAGGCCUCUCAGAGCGGCGGAAAGGACGACUGCGAGGCAACACGCAGUAACAGCAGCAGUAACAAAAACUGCAAGGCAAAGGGGAAGCAGUUGUCAGCAGCAGCCAAGGGCCCCCCGAGGCCCCGCACUUCUUCUCUGUGGAAGACACGCUUGGGCUUUACCCUUCCCAGUCUGCUCCUCGCCAGCGGAAGCAAAGAUGGAACUGUGCGUCUUUGGCGCGUAGGUCAGCAACAAGCACUGCGUGUUCUCGCGCUGCACACGCAGCCUGUUACGCAAAUCAAGUGGUCGGGGGGCGCAGAAGGUUACUUGAUUAGUGGCUCUCGUGACACCACAGUGAAGGUCUGGAACCCGCACAAAGGGACUCUUGUUAAAGAACUAAAAGGGCAUGCACAUUGGGUAAAUACGCUGGCUUUGAACUCCGACUCAGUGCUGCGCAGGGGUCCCUUUGACCCUCGUGGUCGCACUGAGCGGCCCUUCACCUCUUUCGCUGAGAUGAAAGAAGCGGCUCAACGUCAAUUCGAUCAGUUCCUCAAGGAGUGUGGUCACGAGGCGCUGCUCUCGGGCUCCGACGACUCUACGCUUAUUCUUCGUCGCAUUAAGGGAAACGGCUUAUUCGAAGAGGUUGGACGAAUGACGGGCCACCAAAAGCUAAUCAACUGUGUUUGCUUCUCACCUGAUGGGCUGACCAUUGCCUCUGGAUCCUUCGACAAAUCUAUACGGCUGUGGAAAGGAGCGACCGGGCAGUAUCUCGCAACUCUGAGAGGUCACGUGGGGCCUGUCUACCAACUGGCCUGGGCUGCGGAUAGCCGCCUCCUCCUCUCAGGAAGUGGGGACAGCACGCUGAAAGUAUGGGACGUCGCCUCUCGCAAGCUCAAGCAUGACUUGCCGGGGCACGCAGAUGAGGUAUAUGCAGUAGACUGGUCUCCCACCGGCACACACGCGGCUUCAGGCUCCAAAGACAGGAUCUUGAGGGUGUGGAAGCAUUAG